AUGCUGAGAAAGUACAACCUCAUCAGCACAAGCAGGAGAUUUCUCUCAUUCAAGACAUACCCCACGCCCAAUCAGAAUGCAUUGAAGUUCGUAUCUCCCGAACGUCCAAUAUCCCCUUUGGAGAACAAGACCUUCGAGUUUGGCUCAUCUCUCCAAGCAGUUCAUUCUCCCUUGGCCCUCAAGAUCUUCAAGCUCCCUGGUGUGAAGUCUGUCAUGAUUGGUCAUGAUUUCAUCACUGUCAACAAACAAGAUCAUGUCAACUGGGCUCACUUGCGCCCGGAAGUCACGGAGUUGAUGGAUAAGUUUCUCACUUCAGACAAGGAGCCAGUCAUCACCAAGGAGCUUUUGGAAUCUGAAAAAGAUUCCCUUGCUGCCAGUGAGAAGGACUCUGAAGUCGUCGCUAUGAUAAAGGAGUUGAUAGAAACUAGAAUCAGACCCGCCAUCCAAGAUGACGGUGGAGACAUCGAGUACAAGGCAUUUGAUGAGGAGACGGGCACUGUGUUCCUCAAAUUACAGGGCGCGUGCAAAUCUUGCUCACUUUCUGAGGACACCCUCAAGGGAGGUAUCGAGGCAAUGCUCAUGCAUUACAUCGAAGAAGUGAGAGAAGUGGUACAAAUUCUCGAUCCUGAGGAGGAGAUCGCCAAUAAGGAGUUCGACAGACUAGAGCAAAAGUUAAAGGAAAAGAAGGAGUCCUCCCCGCCACCUCCUCCCCCUUCGCUUUGA